AUGUUGAACAUGAAUGAUAUCAUCAAUGGAGAUCCGGAUGAUCCUUCAACUCAGUUUGAAGGAGUUGGAGAUGGCCCACCUACCCCCCCCCCCCCCGAUGAAGAUGACCAACACUCUCCUGAUCACAUGGAAGAAACCGUUCAAACCGAACUCUUUGGGUCUUUGUCUACCGCGGAUGUCAACAUGACCGAUCAAUCGUCUACCCCUCAUCCUCUUGAUAACAACAUCGAUCGAGUUUGCUCUCACUUCCAGUCACAGCUAAACCUCGAACCCGAGUAUUUGAAGAUUGCUUCCAUUGCGAGCAAGUGCCCCCCAGAAGACCGGUAUAUAGGUAAUCUCUUUGCAAACGGUGCAUAUCAUCAACUCGAUGUCAGGAACAUAAAUCGCUCCCAAGUGACCCAUGCGUAUGACAAAUGCUUCAGAUCAUUUGUUAGAACCAACGCUCGCAUGUUCUUACUUAAGCCAACACUCGAAGCCUAUUCGAACAAUCCUCACAACAACGGGAGCCUUCCCAAAACGUUGUUCUACCUUACUCUUGAUGUGGUUGAAAAACAGCCUGACCAAUGGAAAAAGGAUCACCUCUGCCCUGCCCAACUAAAGAACGAUCCGGAUGCUCUUUGUCUGUAUUGUGAUGCUGUUGGAGAGCUACUGAAGUAUCAACGCAGCAAUUUGCGUACUCUGCUUUUGCAUAACAUCCUCAAGACAAAAAAGAUACAUGUGGAUGGUGCAGUACCAGCUCGCAAAGUGAUGAUAGCUGCUGUGAGUGAUUUUCAAUCUAUCUUGGGCUUUCUUGUUGCCACAAACUCUGCCAUGCGAGCACGAAUGUGCUACGCACAACUUGUAAUGGUCCACUACUAUGCUCAUAAAUCCAAUAAGGAUUCGCAGUGGGCUGAAAUUGAUGAGCGAUUAGCCGUCCUCCGAGGCUCCUCAUAUGAUUUCCAACUGCAACAUGCAGUCCUAGUCUUGAACAAGGACUUUUCUCUCUUCUCUCAGGGGAAGGAGUACACUGAUAUAUCCAAGGAGGACUUCACCGUGCCCGACCUUGAGGAUGUCCGAAGGUCGAUCAAAUCUGGGAUUGUGCCUGUUACACUUAGAUAG